CCCGUCUUUCCCUCGACCACCACGCCGAAUUGUACCCCGUCCUCACCGUUCACGACGAUGGCCACCACCGUUCUUAUCUCGACAUUCCCGCCUUUCCCUACUCUUGCCUUCUCUGCACCCUCCGAUAUCACUCUCGAUGGCCUCUACGAGUCGCUCUCUGACCGUUACCCUUUCCUGCCAUCUUCCGAUGACCUCUUCCUUAGCCCCCUCUCUGGAAUCUUACCGGAUGGAUCCACCACGCUUGCAUCUCUUCACUCCUCGGCCUCAGAUGAAGAGACAUCAGAUCUCGUCUCGCUGAGACUGGCGCCACGAAUGCGUGGUGGAAAGGGAGGCUUUGGGUCUCAGUUGCGUGCGGCAGGUGGGCGCAUGAGCAGUCAGAAGACGAGCAACAAUGACUCGUGUAGAGAUCUCAGUGGACGAAGGUUGAGCACCAUCAAGGAGGCAAAGAAAUUGGCAGAAUACCUAGAAUCAGAGCCUGAUCGCAAGAAGGCUGCAGCAGAGGCUCAGAAGGCAAAGCUCGAGGCUCUCGAGCGUAAGCUGGGUAUCGAUAAGAACGGAGCCCCCAGCGGUGAGCCCUCGGUGGGCAAGAAGCGCCGCUUGGAUGACACCGAGUUCAUCGAGCAGAGCAAGGAUAUUGUGGAUAAUGUUAGGAGUGCGGUCGCAAUGGGCCUGCUGAAGAAGAAGAAGAAAAUUAAGACGAGCCCUCCACCAAAGGAGCCAUCCCCCAAGGAUUCUGAGCCUGCUUCGUCUUCGUCCAAGGCCGCUCCUGCCCCUGUUACAUCUGACGUCGCGGAGAAAGCUGUCGAUGGACCUCCUGCAUCUACUUCCACCGCAGCUCUUUCUGCCGUGGGUGCUUAGAGUGACUUGACGUUCCAUUAGUGGUUGUGAUUUCGGUCUCGUUCCUUGCAUUGUGUAUGUACUCCUGUCCGCGUGUCCUCCUCUAUCGUUUUCUUUGUCUGGUUAAUGUACUCCAAUUCCUUUCUUCUUUAUUUCUGAGAGCUUGCGCAAGAUCCGUGUAGCUUUUCACUCGCUCGACACGAUAUCACUAGCCAUAGAUAUCCG